CACGCCAGGUGCCAAUAUUCAAAUCUGAGCACUUAUUGGUUUGACCACAGCAGGGCAAAAAUUCACUUCCUCUCAAACCAGGACACCUGUUGCGGCUGUUUCUGUUGGGGUAGAAUGCACAGAGCUGGGAGCAGGGCUGAGGCUGUGACAGGAGUGCUGAGAAACUUGCACUGCCAGUGCAGGACGUGUUUGUGCCAGCCUCAGCCUACUUUCCCAGCAAUGGACAUUAAAAAGGCUUGCCUGCACCAGAACAAGGACACGCUGUUGAGUGACAUGCAAAAACUUCUCUACGAGCUCAUUUGGGAUGCUGCCCUGAAUCAGGAAGGCCUCGGCAGAGAGGGAAGGAUGUUCUGGGAAGGAUGGGUGUCCAAUGCUGAGCACAUCAAGGAGACCUGAGAUGCUGACUUAGAUCAUGGGGGAAGUGACAGUCCUUCCCCAAAGCGCUCAAAGAGGAUCAAGGAGCAGAAAGCUGGAGCUGGGCUGUGUGAGGGAAGAAUUAUGAUGCGGUUCCUGAAGGAUUCCCUGAUGUUGCAGAGGAGCUCCUGACAGCCUUGGAUGAAGACCCAUCUGAGACAGAUUCUGAGACUUUGCCAGAGACCUUCCCUAUGGAAGAAAAUGACAGUGUGCCAGGCCCAGAUGAAGAAAGAGAAGCAAUACAGGACACCAGCACAGUUGCUAAGCCUCAGGAAUAUUCAGAAUCAGCUGCUCGGCAAAAAGCCGAGACUCCUGAACAGUGGGAUUUCAGCAAGAAGUACCUCCUAGCGUCUAUUGCAGUCUCGUCUGUGCUGCUUCUUGUAGCAGUGGUUGGGUACAUAGUCAUGUAUCAGCUGCUGAAGAGAGACAUUAGGGCCCAGGAAGACAAAGAGGCAACAGGACAAGACUGGGACUCUUCCUGGGAAAGCUGUGGCCUGCCUAGAGUUGAAACAGAGUCAGCAGAAGGAUCAGGAAGUGGCGAGAGACCCCAAGCCAAGAGGGUCGGGGACAGCUGCCCUCUGUUUCCUGAGAUCUUUGCAGCAGAGCUUGCCCAGCUGUACAAGAACAAGCGCGCAGACCCAUCACCUCUGUCCACGUGUCCCUUCUGUGCUCUGGCUGAUGGUGCCACUUCACGGGACUACUGGAUUACCCUGGACUCACCUCAGCCCACGGCAUCCUGGUGCCCCUGCUGCCAGUACCAGGAGGAAUACUUUAUGUUGGACGAUGAAGAUUAGUGACAGUGACAAUCAUAAAUAGUGAUAGUGAUUCUUUUAAUGACAGUAAUACUCGAUAUUAAAGCACGGUGAUUAUUUUAGUGAUAGUGAUACUGAUUCUUUUAUUGAUAAUGAUAGCAAUACUUUCUAUUAGCGGAUGAUGAUUGUUUUUGUGAUUUUGAAAAUAAAUCUAUUUCCAAAAGUA